AUGAAACUACCGAUACUAAAUAAUGGCGUAAUACGCAAUGCUCUUGCCAAGCCUCAAAAUCUCAGAGCUCUAUAUGGCGCAACUUGUAUCAGGACUCGUUCUUACGGAUCAGGUGGUUUGAACUCCACUCCACAACGCUCAGCAACUUCGAACUAUCGAGAAUCGCUUAGCCGGAGCAAACUUUUUACAUAUAAAUCGGGACUUUCGUUGCUCAAAGUUUCGCAACCGAGUUUUCUAAACUUAGACCGAAAGGCCCCCGUUGAGUUUGUGAGAUGCUUCACUCAAAGUCGCUUGCUGCUAGAUGAACAGAAGCCCAAGCAACAGGAACAUACAAAUCGUGAAGCUUUCAACCAGCUCAGAGAACAGUCUCAGUCUGUGGAGAAAAAGCUCCAAGAAUUGAAAGCAGAAGUUUCCGAGCUACAAGAAUUGGGGACUUCAAAGGGCGAACCCGCCGCAAACACAAGUGGAACCGACGGUCAGCAGAAGCCGGCAAAGACACACCUCACCAAAGAGCAAUUGCUUGCCACGGCCAAUAAUGUAUUCUCGAGGCUACGGAUCAGACUCAAAUGGCUCCUCAAGAAGCUGAACAGACCCCUUAAUACCGAUGACUAUUCCGCCCUCUUCUCGUGGCUAGUGGUUGGAAAUGCUGUUGUAUUGAUUGUUGGAACAACCACAUUUGUGCUGCUUCUUAUCUUUACUGCCAACACUGUCUUCGCUCAGGAGUUUGUAGCAAGAAAGCUAGGAGAAUUCAUGACCAAGAACUCCAAUCUUGAGGUCACUUUCGAGCACGCCAUUGUUCCCGGGUGGAAAGAUGGCAAAAUUGCUUUUAAAAAAUGUUUCGUGAGUAGAAGGCCUAAGAUGGUACGCUCUUUCAAGAAAAGCUCUCAGGCAGACGCUUACGCAAAGAGUUUGGACUUGGCGGAAGAGGAAGUGGAAGCCGUGGACGACGGCAAUUACACUCAAUUUGACUUAACAAUUGAAGAGGUAACGGUAUCUCUAUCGUUCCUGAAGUGGAUGAAUGGAACAGGUAUCAUCGAUACAAUGGAAAUUAAUGGGCUUCGAGGUGUUGUCGAUCGAACGCAUGUCCACUGGGACCCCAAUGACGAUGCUACAAAUUACAAGAACAAAUAUCAAUUUGGCGAUUUCGAAUUCAACAAGUUUGUCAUGAAAGAUAUCUUGUUCUCCUUGCAGCAGCCUGGAGACUUUCGUCCAUUCGAUGUGGCGAUCUACAAUUGUGAGCUUGAGAAAUUAAGAAAACACUGGUUGUUUUAUGAUUUUCUCAAUGCUGAUAUUAUGAGUGGAUCUUAUGACAAUUCCUUAUUCACCGUGCACAAGAGACAGCGUCUCGAUGACUUUGAUGAUGCGGACACCCCGAUGGACGGCGAUAUCCCCUGGAAGCGCAUCACUCGCUUGCGCGUCGAUUCAUUAAACAUUGAUCACCUCAACCGUGGCCUUGAAGGUCCAUUUGGCUGGAUCACCUCCGGAAAGGUUGACAUGACUGGAGAUGUCAUGUUGCCAGAGGAUGGCAAGGACUUCAAUGUGUCUGAGCUUGUGAGUAUAAUUGCAGAAUCUAUCCACAAAGAAGCUACACGCUACAGAAAUCCAGAAGUCACGGACAAAAAGCACAAUCAUGUUUCUAGAUUGACGAGUGAAAAUGGCCUUGAAAUAAGCGAAGUGUCCAAGUACUUAGUGCUUGACUUGAGUAUUCGCCUCAAGAAUGUGCGGGCUUUGGUCCCAUUCCAAGCGCCAGAAUUGAACUAUGUCAAUUAUGCCUUGAUCAGACCGAUUGUUGCAUACAUCAACCUGAGAAACUCAUUGAUUGAGAUUAAGAGCAGGGUUGUCAAGAAUAUUGAGGAUUUCAGUGGAUCAUGGACAAUCUACGACUCUCUUUUGAUGGAUGAUAUCUCUGAAGAGGUUUAUGACAGCUUCGUGCGCUAUGUGGCUGAUGACGAGACCAGAUUGUUGCGUAUGAGGAAGGUGGCCUUCUGGUCGAUGCAGCUUUUGGUGCAAUUGAUUGUAUUUGGUUUGGGUGCAUUGAAUUAA